CCACACCAAUGGAAGUUUGGAUAUUUAUUACCUUUAAUCUCCUUUUGUCAGGAGUUUGCAUGUGCAUGGAAAGACAAAACACACUCCAACAACUCAUUACUCAAUUAGAAAAACUGGGUGAUGUAGAAAGAAACGAAAUGGGAGAGGCCGGAAGUCGAACAAAGGCAACACCCGAAUCCAGUAUUCAACGAAUGAACAGCGAAUACGGGGAAGACCAACCUGAGCGUCAGAAAGAAGGAGGGGAUUAUGAGAGCGCUCUGAGAGUCCUCCGGAAGUUGAUGGUGCACAACAAACGGGACCACGUGAUACCCGCUGUGGACCUGAGUCAUUUCUCGUGUACCCAGGAAUAUUACGGAUUGAGGCAUAUUGUGGAUAAUUUGGCCAAGAAGUACUGUGUUGUGAAGAACGAUCAUGUACACGACAACAUGGACGGAUUUUGAUACUAGGAUUAACUGCGGAUUUUGAUACUAGGAUUAACUGCGGAUUUUGAUACUAGGAUUAACUGCGGAUUUUGAUACUAGGAGUAACUGUUGAGAUGAGAAAUCCCUUAAAUGACUAAAUCUAUCAAAUGAAAGAGAAAUUCAGGACAUAUUAAUGUGUUUUGGAAAUACCUCAUAUCUUUUAAGCCUAUUCUGGAGAGUUUCAAAAUAAAGUAUUUGAGUCUCUACAGCUUCUAGAAUAAGAGUUUUAAAAUUGAUACGGUUUAUCAAACCCUCUCCAAAAUCCAUUCAAUUUAACUUCCGGGUUGAUUGACAUCCGGGGACUAUGGAAUGAUAAAAUGUAAAGAACAACAAAAGAGAGAUACGUGUAGAAUCAUUUCAGGAUCACCAUGAUUGCUCCGAACCAGUGACUCGCCCAUACAUCAUUUCAUUUGGUCAACAAUGCAUUUUCCAAAUUAAUGCAUACUUUGAAAUGGGUGCACGCAGAGCAAUUGAAUUAAUGAUUAAUUGAUGACGUAUUUUAAUCAGUGGUCAAUCACGGUGACCGUGGAAUGAUUAUCGAUUUCCUGGAAAUCAGAAUAAGGAUAUUGCACUGACUUUUAUUUCAACAACAACAAUCAACGAUGUAAAUGAUGAAUAAAUCUACAAAUGACGAGGAAAAUCCCUGUAACAACGCUUCAAUGUUUAGAUUAGCAAUACAAAAUUAAAACUGUACAAACUGCUA